CUACGUCACUUCCUGUUAAAACAUGGCUGCGCCCUGACAAAUGUCACAUUAUCUCAUUGAGCUAAAAACUCACAAUUACCGUCUGCUUUGUAUCUGAGCAACAAAUUUAACAAAAGACAAGAUUUAAGAAGAUAUCGUAGAUAAUUUGUGCCAUUUGACUUUCACAAAGAAUAUUCAAGCGGACAUCAUGGUGCAUUUAUCAUCCCUCCUCCUGAAGCACUACCAUGGGGGUUACGUUGUCAUCCGAUUGGCUCGUGCAGGCCACAAACAAGCUAACAGACCCUUUUUUCGCAUUGUGGCUGCGUUCAACAAAAAAGCAAGAGAUGGUAAAUUCAUAGAGCAGCUGGGAACAUAUGACCCCCUUCCCAACAUCUACAACGAGAAACUCGUCAGCUUCAACUUCGACCGGCUCAAGUACUGGUACGGUUGUGGUGCGCACCUUACCAAGCCAGUGGCCAAACUUCUAGGGUUGGCAGGAUAUUUCCCCCUGCACCCCAUGACGAUAACGGCGGCAGAGCGGCUUCUAGCAAAGAUGGAGCAGACAGAAAAUUCAGUAGAGACAACGGAUGCUGUAGAGGAGGGAGAGAAGCAGACUGAAGUGUGAAAAGUUCAAUUAUGGGACAGUGUUCAAGAGAAGGUGAAUAUUUUCAAUAAAAACUGCUCAGUAAGUUUUCUCACCUACUUGGACGGCUGAUAGCAACUAAUGAGGUGAUCUGUUCCUGCAGCUGUGUACGUGACCAGCAGAUUUAUGGUAAUGAUUAUAGAAAUGCAGAAACAUAGAUUUGCCGGCACCUGAUUGUUUCUGUUGUUUGAC